UCUUGCAACAAUUUCUAUAAUAACUCCAAAGCCCACCACAGAGUCUCCUCUCUCUUCUGUUCUGUAAAUAGAAAUAUUUCUCAAAUGGCAAGCUCAGAAAAUUCUUCUUCUGAUGACAAUUAUAAUUUCUCUGGUUCUCAAGAGGUAAAUAUGAAAGAAUCUGGUAUUCACUUCUCCAAAGAUGAAGUGGCACUCAUAAUUAGGAUGUACAAACUGGUCGGCCAAAGAUGGACUCUAAUUGCAGGAAGAAUUCCGGGAAGAACUGCAGAGGAAAUCGAGAAGUACUGGCAAUCCCGAUACUCCACCAAUGGCGACGAUACCUGUUAUGGUACAAUACCAGCUUUAUCACAAGGCAUGUUUUGUGGUCCUGCAAAAUCAGUAUUCACUAUUAUCCUGUUAUCCAAUGUUCAAAAGAAGAAGAUUUGA